CCCAACCUCCUCUCUCUCUCUCUCUCUCUCUCUCUCUCUCUCCUUCCCAAGAAAGCCUUUCAGGAGCAGGAGCCACCGUCGAAUCCGUUCCCCACUGCCGAUCUCGGAUUCUUCGUCGACCGAUAAAACCUUUCCCGAUCUCGGAGUUGACGAAAGGACGGAAACCACUCUGUGGUCUUGCGAUUUUCGUGCGACUACGGUGGGUAGGUUGCGCCGGUCUGGAAUUCCUCCACUGGUGGUAUGCGGCGGCGUGAAGAUGUGGGAGGAGGUGGGUUGAUGGGUAACGAGAGAAGAACACAAGGUUGAGACAGAUGAACGGUCUGGUUUCUAAUUUUGCUUUGGUGCGAAGCAAUCCAGAGAUGAAGAUGUGUGUUUAGUGACGUGUCAGCUCUUUAUUGGUGUCCAUUAAACUCAAUAUAUCGGAUUGACCUGCCUAAAGAGGAACUCUUCUUAAAUCUGUCUGUUCCUAUACUUCAGUUCACUUGCCGAGAGAGUCUGAACCCUAGGAUCACAACACGACCAUUGGAGCCGCCUUCAACUUUCGCCAGCUUGCUGUUAGUUCCUUGGGAAAGUCCAGGUAAAUAAAUUUCUCUCAACUCGUAUUCUUUCCCCCGUUUCAGUACGAUCUCUCUCUUCCGCUUCAUCUCCCACUUUAAUUGGGACGAGUUGGAUCGGCUUCAAUUUAGGGGUCAAGUCCUAUUUUUUUUUUCACAAUCCAGAGUAUUCUACCUGUUGAGAGAGGCGAUUUCAGGCUGCAAUUAAGGAGGCUGGAAUAUUAGGGAAUUGGAAUUUAUUUUGUAUCCAAGUCCAAAGAUUUGGCUGAGGAUGAAUGAAGAGGUUGGAAAGAAAAGGGAGAAGAAUAAAAACAAAAAUGAGAAAGGAGAAAAUUAUGAAAGUAAAGAUGGGAAAGACAGAGACAAAAAGGAGAAGAAGAAAAGCAAGAGAGAAAUGGAGGGUGUUAAUGUUCUAGUGAAGAAUAGCUUGACUGAUGCAGAGGUUGGAAAGAAAAGGGAGAGCUCUAACGGAGAAGUGUUGGAAAAGGCUGAGCCUGUAAAGAAAAAGAGAAGGAAAGAGAAUAAAAAAAUUAAUAAUGAUAUGGGAGCUGGACUACCGGAGAUCGUAACUGACAAACCAAGUGACAAUAGAAAGGGAGUUGACAACAAUCAAUCUAUUGCCAAUCAAGGCAAUGCUUAUUCAUAUAAGAAUGAGAUUGGAGAGAGAAACUUAGGCGCUGUUAGUGCAGAAGAUCACAAGGAUGCAAAGAAGAAAAAGAAGAAGAAGGCCCAAUCAGAUAAACAUGUUUCAGAAGGAAAUGGGAUUGGGGAGAAUAACCUUCAUGCUGUUAGUGCCGUAGUUGACAACAAGGAUGCGAAGCAGAAAAAGAACAAGAAGGCCGAACCAGGUAAAUAUGUUUUAGAAGCAAAUUGUGAUAAAGGUGCCGAAGAUGACAAGGAUGCCAAGCAGAAAAAGAAGAAGGAGAAGAAAAAGAAGAUGGUCAAACCAGAUAAACAUCAUGAGAUUGGGGAGAGGAACGUACAUGUUCUUAGCACUAAAGAUGACAACAAGGAUGCCGAGCAGAAAAAGAAGAAGAAGAAGAAGAAGAAGAAAGCGGAAUCAGGUAAACACGUUUCAGAAGGAAAUUGUGGUAAAGAUGCAGCAAUAACCAAGAAAGAUUUUGGGAUCACUUGUGAGAAUUCUACACCUGGAGGAACGUCUAAGAGAGUGAGUUUCUCAGAUCGUGUGGAGGUUUUUACUUCAUCUGAUGGUCCAAUUGAUAGUGAUCGGGAUGACAACUUAAUACGUGGCAAAAGGUUUUCACGAGAAGAAGAUGAGAUGAUUAAAAAGGCCGUUCUCAACUAUAUUGAAGCAAAGGGCUUGGGUGAUGAAGGCCUAAACAUGGUUCUCCACUGCAAGUCUCAUGCUGAACAUAAAAAUUGUUGGAAGGAUAUAGGAGCAGCCUUACCUUGGAGGCCUUACAAGAGUGUAUAUUAUCGAGCCCAUAUUUUGUUUGAAAGGAGUGAAGAGCGAAAAUGGACCAAUGAAGAGUAUGAACUUAUUCGAAGUUUCCAUGAAAAACAUGGAUCAGAUUGGAGACAGUUGGCUGAUUUUCUUGGCAAACAUAGGGUUCAUGUAAAGGAUGCAUGGCGAAGAAUAAAAUUGCCCAAUAUGAAGAAAGGUCGUUGGUCCCAAGAGGAGUAUCAAAAACUAUUUGAUUUAGUUAACAUGGAUUUGCGCAUGAAAAUCUUUGAAGAAAAGAAAUCUAAACACGGUAUGUUGCGAGAUAAUAUCGCAUGGGAAGCCAUUAGCAACAGUUUAUCCACCAGAAGCAAUGUUUUGUGUUGCCAAAAAUGGUAUACCCAAUUAACGUCACCUAUGGUAACUGAAGGUAUAUGGGCGGAUGCUGACGACUAUCGCCUAGUGGAUGUUCUUUAUGCCUUGGAUGCUUGCUGCAUUGAAGAUGUAGAUUGGGAUAAUCUGCUUGAGCAUAGGUCUGGGGAUGUAUGUCGGAGGCGUUGGGAUCAGAUGCUCAAACAUAUUGGUGAGCAUGCCAGCAAGUCAUUUACUGAACAAGUCGAAGUCCUAUCAAAACGGUAUUGCACAGACGUACUUGAAGCAAGAGAGAUCUAUGAUAGCAAGCCUGCAGUUUUGUGAGGGCAAUGUCAUUAUUAGGUUAAACUCAAUUUCAGGUUGGUGAUGCUCUGACACAGUUAUAUCACAAUUUCAGGCUUUUUAAUUCUUCUGUGGCCUGCUAUGUUGGGUGAUGCAAUCGAGGGGGAAAAAACAGAAAAAAAGACUGUUGAAUCACUUGGUCGGUAGGGCCAGUUGUAUGCAUCCCCUUUCUUUUGCCUGAAUCAUUUUCCUGGAAGGAUCGGCCGCCUAUACUUCCAGUUGGGAAUCAUCAAUUCUGUGGUGGCAUGACAUGCUUAAAGACAUGGUGCAUCAAAUCAAAAAACCAAAAAAAGAAAGAGGGGCUGUUUGUACGCAUUAGAGUGGCUACUGAGACUUUGUAUUUGGAAUUUUUCAUGGAUACAAUUGGGAUGUGAUCUUCUUAAUGCUGUUGAGAAGUGCGUUUCCUUUCAUAGUCAUCAUUUCGCUGGUUUUACAUCUAUCACUACAUCCGAAUAUGUUGUUCCACGUGUUUUUCAGAAACAGCAUCUGCUUCCCGUUUGUUAUUUUCCUAAGAGAAAUGUGCUAAUGUGUCUGUGUCCUAUUUUCUUACAGACCUUUAAAAAAUCCUCAAGUUGCCAUGGUUGUUGUUUGUUUA